UGUCAUACUAUCCUUCCCUCGCCGAUCAGUGACGAAAUCGCGGCCGCACACAGGCAGACUGUGUAUUUAGUGACUGACGUCCUGCCAAGAUGCCUCCACGUAAGAAGCAAGAUGACAGCGAGAAGCAAACUCGCAUUGCCAUCGUCAACACUGAGAAGUGCAAGCCUAAGCGUUGCCGACAAGAGUGUAAGAAGUCAUGCCCGGUGGUGCGGAUGGGUAAGCUCUGCAUUGAAGUUACUCCAAAUGACAAGAUGGCAUCCAUCAGUGAAGAACUGUGUAUUGGUUGUGGUAUUUGUGUGAAGAAGUGUCCAUUUGAAGCCAUCAUGAUCAUCAAUCUGCCCAGUAACCUUGAAAAGGAAACCGUUCACCGUUACAACAAGAACUCAUUUAAGCUUCAUAGGCUGCCUGUGCCCCGUCGUGGUGAAGUUCUAGGGCUGGUGGGCACCAAUGGUAUUGGAAAAUCCACAGCAUUGAAGAUCUUAGCUGGGAAGUUGAAACCAAACCUGGGGCAGUUUUCAGAUCCACCGGAUUGGACCGAUAUCCUCACUUAUUUUAGAGGUAAUGAGUUACAGAACUAUUUUACCCGUAUCCUGGAGGACGACUUGAAGGCUAUCAUCAAGCCUCAGUAUGUUGACCAAAUUCCCAAGGCAGUUAAAGGUUCUGUAAAAGAUCUUCUUAAUAAAAAGAAUGACUUGAGCAACCUUGAUGAUAUGCUGACUGUACUGGACCUUCGAAAUGUUCUUGGUCGUAAUAUUGAAGACCUCUCGGGAGGAGAACUUCAGAGGUUUGCCAUUGCCAUGGUUUGCAUUCAGGAUGCUAAUAUUUAUAUGUAUGAUGAACCAUCAUCCUACCUAGAUGUUAAGCAGCGUCUGAAUGCUUCACGUGCCAUCCGUUCAAUGGUUCAGGCUGAUAAUUACGUGGUGGUGGUGGAGCAUGACCUGGCUGUCCUUGAUUAUUUGUCAGAUUUUAUCUGUUGUCUCUAUGGUCAGCCAGGUGCAUAUGGCGUUGUCACAGUCCCCUUCUCUGUCAGGGAGGGUAUCAAUGUUUUCCUUGAUGGUUUUGUGCCAACAGAAAAUCUCCGAUUCAGAGAAGAAUCUCUAACAUUUAAAGUAUCUGAUCAGUUGAGCGAAGAAGAAAUAAAGAGGAUGUGUCGCUUUAAAUAUCCUCUUAUGGUGAAGAAGAUGGGUGAAUUUCAGUUGACGGUGGAUGCUGGUAACUUCACAGAUUCUGAAAUCAUGGUGCUCUUGGGAGAAAAUGGUACUGGUAAAACCACCUUCAUCAGGAUGCUUGCUGGUCGGUUAGAUCCGGAUGAAGGAAAGUCUGAACUGCCGGUGUUACACAUUUCUUACAAACCCCAGAAAAUUAGUCCCAAGAGUCAAUCUACAGUCCGUCAACUGUUACACGACAAGAUCCGCGAUGCAUACGUACAUCCGCAGUUUGUGACUGAUGUCAUGAAACCAAUGAAGAUCGAAGAGUUAUUCGAUCAAGAGGUUCAGCACUUGUCUGGAGGAGAGUUACAGCGUGUGGCGUUGACUCUGUGUCUUGGUGUCCCUGCUGAAGUAUACCUGAUUGAUGAACCCUCGGCCUACCUGGACUCAGAGCAACGUCUGGCGGCUGCAAAGGUGAUAAAACGAUUCAUCAUGCACGCCAAGAAAACUGCCUUUGUUGUGGAGCAUGACUUCAUUAUGGCUACUUACCUUGCUGAUCGGGUAAUAGUAUUUGAAGGCUCACCUUCAGUAAAAACCAUUGCAAAUGCUCCCCAAACAUUGGUGUCAGGAAUGAACAAGUUCCUGGAAAUGCUGGGUAUCACCUUCCGCCGAGAUCCAAAUAACUUCAGGCCACGCAUCAACAAAGACAGCAGCCAGAAGGAUGCAGAACAGAAAAAUUCUGGCAACUAUUUCUUCCUUGACAUAGAAGGGAAGGGUGAAGGAAAACAGAACUGAGGGUCACUAUAGUGGUGCUUGUGAAUAUUUCUGAAAUGCAGCUCUGGCCCCAGGCCAUAAAUUUUGAGCCAUGCAGUGCUUGUAAGUUAGGAUGUGAUGGAGAAAAUGGAGAUUUUAGGUACAUGACAUCACAGUUUGCCGGUCAUAUGCAUUUUGGGUGGUUGAGGUUGUGGGGUGUUGUUGCUGCUGCUGCAUUCUGCCUCUACUACAUUUUUCAUCCUUAUUGACCUGUUUAACAUUUUAAGACUAAAUGCAAGAUCCUAAGCCGAAAUGUUGGGUAAGUUGUAAUUUUCAUACAGUACUGUACUAAAAUAUAAAGGAUUCCAAAUGUCAGGAACUUUGUGUUAUGUUGAUAAUAGAACUUAUGGGCAUGAAAAACAGAACAUGACUACCAUAAUUUUUUUUUCAAUUUUUAAUACUAAAUUUUUUGGAUAAACAGAAUGAGUCAACUUAUCUUGUAGGCAAAGUGAAGUGAAUGCUGUAUGAGAAUUUCAGCAUUGGGUCUCCAAACAGUAAUGUGCUGUACGUAUAGUAUUUUAAAGAUGUCACUAAAACUAUCUAAGUACUGUAUUCCAUCACAAAAACAAUGACAGAAAUUCACAAUGAACUGCAAGUUUUUAAAAUAAUAAGAAAAUAAAUAGUCACCAUGAUUUUAAAAACUAUUUGGACCUGUUAUAACGACCUCUUGAUAUAAAAUGGGGAUUGAUGAUGUAGUAGCAGGAAGGGCGGUGCAGCUUCUUACCUCCGCCCUCCCUUGCCCACCCCUCUUCGUCUCUUAUCGGUUUAUGGCUUCUUACUGCACAUUUCUGGGUCAUGUGGGAAAAAUCAAGAUCUGGAUGUUGCCAUAAUAUUGGGUCAGUAACAUAGAGAUCGUUUGGUAAAUUAUACCCAGAUUUAUUAUUACUGUAUAGCUGAUGUUACAUAUAAAUAAUUCAAGACAAUGCUUUUUAUCCUCUAUCAGCUUAGUUCUACCAUUAGGCAGUAAUAUUGUGAAUCAUUGGUUAGGCAAAAAUUUUCAAAUUGCUGUGUAAUUCUUGGUCCUUGAUGAGCUAAGGUGCAGGGGGCAAAGAGGGGCUGCAUCAUAUUUCAUAACAUUUUAUCAGUGUAAUAUAAUACAAGUGGUCCAAACAUUGUUAUAUUUCUACGGAGGUCCAUAUUAAAAAGGCAGAAUGAA